AUGUCCGGUCCUACCUGGCUGCCUCCGAGGACUCUGGGUAGCCCAGAGAGACCCGUCCCCCAGAUGUCCCACUCUGGACCAGCCGUGUACAGACAGCCGCUCAAAAAGGUCUCCUCGGACCCCCAGCACAAGUAUGUGGUCUAUGACCAGAACGGAGGAGGGGGAGGAGGAGGAAUGGCCACUAGGUACAUGGCUACCGGACCCACAGGUAAAAAAAAAAUGGGGGUGGGCCUCACAUCACACUGGGCUUGUCUUGUGUGAAACCUUGCUAUAAUGAGAACUUGUGAUGGACUAUUGUGAAAAUCAGAAGUCCGUUACUCUGUAGCUCAAGCCUUGGAGUAGAGUGUUGGACCUGACACAAGAUCGCGGACACCAACAGCUUUCUUGGUUAGCACUUGCACAGUCUUGAUGUAAGAAAUGUGUUUGUGUCAUGUGGUUAAUGUAAAAGGUGUACCCUAUGGUUAUUAAGUCUUGUUUGUAAAUGUAAAGUGCACUGUUUUGUAUGUGUUCUACAGGUGGGCCCAUGCAGCACCAGCACCAAGAGGACCUGGGGUUUCACCCUAAAUCUAACGACCACUACUACCAACCACCUCAACACGGGCUCAAAGAAGACCACUCCUGGAUCCCUCACAUGGAUAGCUACGAGCUGAUGGUAGGUUGUAGAAGGUGGCAAAGAGCUUCCUAGGGUUAGAGGCAGAUGCUUGGAAUUUAGAGUGGUAGAAAGUGGCUUUAGCAGCAGAAACGGAUGAAGAAAAUGUAGAGAGGAGGGAGUGAAAAGAUGCCAGGUCCGCAGGUAGUCUAGUUUUCCUCCAUUUCCGCUCGGCUGCCCGGAGCCCUGUUCUGUGAGCUCGCAAUGAGACGUAAAUGUUGUAAUUGCUUCUGUAGCCUGGAAUUCCCACUGAUUUUUGCUCCAUUUCACCAUGGUGUUCAGUGUGGUUUCUAGGCAAAGGUUUGUAGUAAUGUAAUUUUGUUAUGAAGCAAGAAAUUGCUCAUAAUAUUCACAAAAAAAAAUGUAUAGGGACAAAGGACGAACACAUUUGCACAUUUCUACAUUUGCUCUACCUAUCUAUCUCCUCCUGUUGUGACAUUUUAUAAAGGCACCCAUCUUUAUCAUGUGAUCCUGCUAAAUUCUUUCAGCCCCGUGGACCUCCUGAGAAGCCGAUUGGCCACCACUCCAACAUCGAUGCAGAGAUUGACUCGCUCUCCUGUAUGCUGGCCGAUCUGGACAGCCAUCCACAGAACAGCACACAGGUAGGCUACCUGACUGACUACAUGGGACUGCGAGGAAUAAAGGAUUCCUCCGAAACUUAAUACAGAAACAUAUCUGACUUUGUUUAUUGUUUUCAUAUCUGGCUGAAAGUGUAUCACUGGUUCCUCUGGAUAUUUAGGCCUUGGUUGUUAGUUACAUGUAAGGAAUGCAUAAUUUUUUAAAAUGUAUGGUCCCUUUCCAUUAUUUCGCAGCUGUACGACAAUGUGCCUUACAACAAACACAUCUCAGGGGACCGCUACAAACCCUCAGCCCAGCCAGGAGCACCCUCUCAGGGCAGGCCGUCCAUGGGUUUCCCCCCUCACCCCCAACCCCAGUCCCAGUACCAUCCUGCACCCCCAUACCCCAGCGAUCCCCACCAGAGUCCCCAGUACUUCCCCCAGCCAGACUACACCUACGCCCAGGUCUCCAAACCCUACCCCCAGCCUGUCCCUGCCUCCUACACUACUGCCUCCACCCCUACUGGCCCGAGGUUCAGCGUCCAGGUCAAAACAGCACAGCCUGUAACCUACUCCCAGACUGGUAGGCAAGCCGAGCAGGCUUACACCCCUCCCCCACACCGCCAGCACGCCUCGCGGCCCCUGCCCCAGAAUCAGACUGGCCCCCAGGGCUGGUACCCUCCCCACCCCGCUUCCCAAGCCCAGGAGCUGCACUCUGAGGGGGGCUACAAGGGGAGUGCUGCAGGGUCUGGAGGGAGAGCCAACCAGUGUCCCACGCCAAAUAGAGGCCCAGAGACUCACCAAUCAGGGUCAGGCUCAGCACCAAGCUCCACCUAUCAGCCCAGUAAGGUGAGUGUGGAGUUCAAAGGUCAACUACACUAUGUGGUGCCUCUUUUUUUAAGGUAAACUAUGGUCCUUUUUGAAUACUUGUAUCAUCAGUCUCUUGGUUUCACUGAUCUAAAUGGGAAAGUAAAAUCUCUAAUAUGCUGAUGUUUUUGGAAAAUGUUCAUAUAUUUGUCCAGCAGGGGUCAGCAGCUCCGAGGCAAGAGGAGGAGUUGGACCGGCUCACCAAGAAGUUGGUGUAUGACAUGAAUCAUCCCCCUACAGAGGAAUACUUUGGUACGUCCCGCUUUCUUUCUAAUAAAAUUGGAUGUCCUUUGUGUUGACUGUUAUUUACAUCUUAAUUUCCCCUUGGGCGACCAAGUUCAUUUCAAUUCAACAUGAUGUUCCUUCUGAGUAAAAAUCUCCUAUCCCUCCCAUUUGUCUCACCUUCUUCUCCCCUCCCCCUUUCCCUCCAUACUACCAGGUCACUGUGCACGUUGCGGCGACAACGUCCUUGGCGACGGCAGCGGCUGUAUCGCCAUGGAGCAGGUGUUCCACGUGGAGUGUUUCACCUGCAUCACCUGCCACGCCCGUCUCCGGGGGCAACCGUUCUACGCCCUGGACAAGAAGAGCUACUGCGAGAGCUGUUACAUUGUGAGUGGCUGUCACUGACUGUCCUCUCUUUGUAUUGAGAAUGCUCUUCUUCCUCUCUUUAUGUUCUACAUUUAUUUUUAGCAGUAUUCUCUCAGUUCAUCAGUUGAUCUCUCCUUCUCUUUCGCUCUUUCUUGCCGUCUUUCUCCAUAUCUAUUGGAUUCUCUCACACACCCACACUAUUCUGUCUGAACCUGUGCUGCCCCUCUCCCUCCCCCUUAGAGUACCCUAGCGCGCUGCUCCAAGUGCUCCAAGCCCAUCCUGGACCGUAUCCUGCGGGCCAUGGGCAAAGCCUACCACCCACGCUGCUUCAACUGCGUGGUGUGUGGCUGCUGCCUGGACGGAGUGCCCUUCACCGUGGACGCCACCUCCCAGAUCCACUGCAUAGACGACUUCCACAGGUCAGCAACACGGAUAGAACAUACUUACCCGGGCCAGAUACUGACUGUACUUUAGACAAUGAAUUCAACUGGAACACUAGCACAAGUCUCCCAUUGAUCAAUUAAACUUUGAAUUACGAGUUUUCAAGUUUUAGACAUGAGUCUAUUGGACAUAUUAUUAUAUCUGAUUGUGUUGUUCGUUUUCCACCCCCUGAGCUCUGUUAGUGUUGACGCUGGUACUUCCUGCUUCCUGUCCUACACAGGAAGUUUGCCCCUCGCUGUUCAGUGUGUGGCCAGGCCAUCAUGCCCGAGCCGGGCCAGGAGGAGACGGUCAGAAUAGUGGCGCUGGACCGCAGCUUCCACGUCAACUGCUAUGUGUGUGAGGUGAGUGGUCACUGUGUGUGUGUGCACGAGUGUGUGUUAGUAAAACAAGUUGAAUGAUGUUUACAGUUUGUCAGGCUAUCACAUCAGAUGUACACAGCCCAAUCAGUUGAACCCAAUCAGUGUUCCUGGAUUGACCCUGUGUGUGUGUUCUGUCACCUCCAGGAGUGUGGUCUGCUCCUGUCCUCUGAGGGUGAGGGGCGAGGCUGUUACCCCCUGGAUGGUCACAUCCUGUGUAAGGGCUGCAGCGCCCGCCGCAUCCAGGACCUCUCUGCCAAAAUCUCCACUGACUGCUAA